AUGUCAAAUAACAUGUCAGACCCUCUUUCACGAUAUGAGGCGUUGCUUAGAGAGAACAACUUCGUCUUUGUCGUCUUUUACCGCGGCCACUGGUGUCCUUUCUGCAUCUCUUAUUUGAAAACCCUGCAGUCAAUUCUCCCUCACAUCAGUGCCGCCGGGGGCAAAACUCUCGCUAUUACUGCGGAGCCCGAGCAGUACCUUCCGGACACGAUCAACGCUACGGGCUAUAGUGGCGAGGUAAUCGUCGACCCGACGAACAAGAUCGCCGCGGAGAUGAAACAACGGGUUAAUCUCAAUGUUGCUAUCUCGCCGAAAACAGGAUACGAACAUGGCAUGGCACAGCCGGCCAUUCUAGUAAUGAAAGAUGAUGGGACAGUGCUGUUCGAUUGGGCCAUUGUACCUGCUAUGAUGAACCUUGGUGGUGCAAAAGACCGUCCGGAUUUGAAUCAGGUCUGGGACAAUGUGCUGGCGCAGUUGAAUGGACAGCCGAUUGUGCAUGAUAGAUACAACUUGCAGUCGUUUUGGCAGGUUAUGAAGCAGAAGCUUUUCGGCUGA